AACUAAAAAACAAAUUGGGACAAAGAAAAAAAAAAAGCAGAAGACAAUCUGAGACUGAGAGAUACCUUGAUUGUUAUUCGAAACAACGAAGAUCGAUUUGAUUCGGGCUGCGUGAGGGAGGAAGGAGGAAGAACAACGAAUUAAUGGGGCGUGUGGAUUACCUAGCGAUGAAGACCGAGGACCUUGAUACGUUGUCUCUGGUCAAUUCCGACGUAGAGGAACUCAAGAUCGCAGCGAAGAAACUGUUUGCCGAUGUUUAUGAGCUCGGUGGUGGAUUAGCCUUCGCUGUUUCUUUUCUCAAAUUCACCGCUUCCUUCUCUGCCAUAUACUUGUUGAUAUUGGAUCGUACUAAUUGGAAAACCAAGAUGCUUACAUCACUCUUAAUACCAUACAUCUUCCUUAGCCUUCCUAGUGUCAUCUUUAACUUUCUCAGUGGAGAUGUUGGGAAAUGGAUUGCUUUCGUUGCAGUUGUACUCAGACUUUUCUUCCCUAAGCAUUUCCCAGAUUGGCUUGAGAUGCCGGGUUCUUUGAUCCUUCUGCUAGUAGCUGCUCCACAUUUCCUUGUUCACCAUAUACGUGGAACUUGGAUUGGUACUGUUAUCAACCUUUUCAUCGGAUGUUACCUUCUUCAAGAACAUAUCCGAGCAUCAGGUGGGUUUAGGAAUUCGUUCACACAGCCCCGUGGAGUGUCGAACACUUUAGGGAUCAUCCUUCUUUUGGUCUACCCCGUUUGGGCUCUAAUCGUCCGUGUCACAUAAUCAUCUCUCAUUUUACUUCCCAUUCUGCAAAGCUGUGUUUCUUGCUCUCGUCUGCCUCCAAUAAACUUCGUGCGUAUUACAUCGUCGAGCUCGAGCAGAGCAAGAAUCUCUUUGGUGUUCUUUUCUUCUGAUUAUGUUACAUACGGACAUACCUAGUCAAUGUUUCCAGAAUCUCAUUCUUCAACUCUUUGUUUGUCUACCUACCCUAGUGUAAGAAAAACAAACGUUCUCAAAUAUAUAUUCUGUGUAAAAAAAAAAUUGCUUAUGGA